AUGACUGUUGAACUAGUCAAAGCCAUAUCCCAGGAUUUGGUGACAUUCAAGGAUGUGGCCAUAGACUUUUCCCAGGAGGAGUGGGAAUGGCUGAACCCUGCUCAGAGGAAUUUGUACAAGAAUAUGAUGUUGGAGAACUAUCGGAACCUGGUAUCACUGGGACUCUGCCUCUCUAAGCCAUAUGUGAUCUCCUCAUUGGAGCAAGGGAGAGAGCCUUGGGAGAUGAAGGAUGAGAUGACAGGAAGCCCAGGUGAGUAUUUGGAGUCUAUAUAUGAGACACACCAAUUACCGCUGAAGCACUUCGUGUAUGAUGAUGUGUUAAUAGAGAGAAUUACAGGCUGUGGACUUGAGUGUUCCACUUUCAGAGAAAACUGGAAAUGUGAAGAUCUUUUUGAGAGGCAGUUGGUAAGUCAAGAGACAUUUAUCAGGCAAGGAGUAAUCACUCAUAACAAAAUCCUCACUGAGGAAAUAGAUCACAAAUGCCACAAAUCUGACAAAUCUGUCCAUCUAGACAAUGUAGAGGAAAAUGUUUAUAACCACAAGUCAGAUAAAAAAAGCUUCUCCCAAGGUUCCAUGGUCGUAAAACACAAGAAAGUGUAUGCAGGAAAGAAACUUUUUAAAUGUAAUGAAUGUGAGAAAACCUUUACCCACAGCUCCUCCCUUACUGUUCAUCAGAGAAUUCAUACUGGUGAAAAACCAUACGAAUGUAAAGAAUGUGGGAAAGCCUUCAACCAGAGCCAGCACCUUGUUCAGCAUCACAGAACACAUACUGGAGAGAAACUCUUUGAAUGUAAAGAAUGUAGGAAAGCCUUCAGCCAAAAUGUGCACCUUGUUCAACAUCAAAGAAUUCAUACUGGAGAAAAACCAUAUAAAUGUAUGGAAUGUAGAAAAGCCUUCAGCCAACCUGCACACCUUGCUCAGCACCAGAGAAUUCAUACUGGGGAGAAGCCCUAUGAAUGUAAGGAAUGUGGGAAAGCCUUCAGUGACGGCUCCUCCUUUGCCCGGCAUCAGAGGUGCCACACUGGCAAAAGACCCUAUGAAUGUAUUGAAUGUGAGAAGGCCUUCCGGCAGAACACCUCCCUCAUUCGUCACUGGAGGUAUUAUCACACCGGGGAGAAACCUUUUGACUGCAUCGACUGUGGGAAGGCCUUCAGUGAUCACAUAGGCCUUAUUCAGCAUAGGAGAAUUCAUACUGGAGAGAAACCCUACAAAUGUAAAGUGUGUGGCAAAACCUUCAGUUAUGGCUCCUCCCUUACCGUCCAUCAGAGAAUUCACACAGGAGAGAAACCUUAUGAGUGUGUCGUCUGUGGGAAAGCCUUCAGUCACCAUGCUUCACUCACACAGCACCAAAGAGUGCAUUCUGGAGAGAAACCGUAUGAGUGCAAGGAAUGUGGGAAAGCUUUUAGACAGAGCAUACACCUUGCUAGUCACUUGAGGAUUCAUACUGGUGAAAAACCCUACGAAUGUAAAGAAUGUGGAAAAGCCUUCAGCAUCAGUUCGCAGCUGGCCACUCAUCUGAGAAUUCAUACUGGAGAGAAGCCUUAUGAAUGUAAGGAAUGUGGCAAAGCUUUCAACCAGAGGGCCCACCUUGCCCAACAUCAUAAAAUUCACACAGGAGAGAAACCUUACGAGUGUAAUGAAUGUGGUAAAGCCUUCAGCCAGACUACCCGCCUUAUUCAACACCAGAGAGUUCACACCGGAGAGAAACCCUACAAAUGUAGUGAAUGUGGGAAGGCUUUUAGUGACAGCUCAUCCCGUUCUCAGCAUCGGAGACUCCAUACUGGCCAAAGGCCCUAUGAAUGUGUUGAAUGUGAGAAGGCAUUUAGAACAAAGUCCUCCCUUAUUUGUCAUCAAAGAUGUCAUACUGGGGAGAAACCUUACGAAUGUGGUGUAUGUGGCAAAGCCUUCAGCCAUCGACAGUCUCUUACUGUUCAUCAGAGAAUUCAUUCUGGAGAGAAACCAUAUGAAUGUCAGGAAUGUGGGAAAACCUUCAGCCAGAUCGGACACCUUAAUCUACACCGAAGAAUUCACACUGGAGAGAGGUCUUACGAAUGUAAGGAAUGUGGGAAGGUCUUCCGACAAAGUGCGCACCUUACUCAUCAUCAGAAAGUUCAUGCCACGGAGCCCUCUCAGGCACCCACCUCUUCCUCACCCCAGAUGUCACCAAGCCCUGGGGAUAUAUCUGCUAGGUAUUUCUGGAAUUCAGCCACUUUCAGUUCUCAUUGCCCUAGUUCCAAACACAAUCAUUUCACGUGGACUAUUCCAAUAUAAAAACAGGCCUUCCAUUCUGUUUUAUUCCCUUC